GUCAAGAUGGCGGACAGACCAGUUCCUGUUGCUGAGAGGCGUCUGAUGGAUGUGAAACUGGGCGAGUUGGGAAGCUGGCUUGGAGCAAGAGACUUCACCCCCAAUGGAAUCAUCUCUGCCAUCCGCAGGGGCCACGACAGAUACUUCAACAAAUACAUUAACGUAAAGAAGGGAGGCAUUGGCGGUGUUGCUAUGCUGCUCGCUGGUUACGUGGUCAUCAGCUACAUUUGGGAGUACGACCACAUCAAACAUGAUCGUUGGAGGAAGUACCACUAA